UUAGUGGUGUCUGGUCGGAGAAACUGAAACUGUUAUUUCUUCCUGCACAUCAAGUAAAAGAGAGAGCUUCUCACUAAACAUGAACUCCAAACCUCAAGAGAGAAUAAUUUUGGAUGUUGGAACAUGGGAAAAGAUAUUUCAAGAACUGAUCCAGCAGGUAAAACCCCGGGCCAGAUGGACCCUGAAGUUGGAUGAGACUCUUCAGCCAGACUAUGUGGCCCUAGAGUGGAAGCAAUACCAGCAAAAAGCAUUUGGCAGGUUCCGGUGUUCCUCAUGCAGGCGAAAUUGGGCUUCUGCCCAAGUGAAGAUCCUGUGUCACAUGCACCUGGAGCCCCGGAAGUCCCAGGGUCAGGUGCUUAUGCGGCUCUUUGGUCAGAGGUGCCAGAGGUGUUCCAGGUCUCAAUUCGAGAAGCCCGAGUUCUCUUCAGAUAGCACCAUGAGGAUUUUGAACAAUCUGGUGCAGCGCAUUCGGGAGAAAUACUACGGAGAUGGCAUCAAGAAGUACUCAGAGAUUCCGGUGAUCCCGGAGGUGCCUCUGGAAGGGUCCCACGACACGGCCAAUUGUGAGGCAUGUGUUCUGGGCUUCUGUGUUCAGAGCUUACAAGACUGCACAACAAAACCAUCCAAAUCCCCUGUCUCCUACAUGGAAAUGGGGAGCUCUCUGUCCCACAUCGGUGACAUACGUGGACAAAACCAAGCUAGGAACCAGCCAACUGGACCAAAGGGAGCUCAGGGGAGUAGGUGUUCCUUUGAGCAUAAGGUGUCGGGGCCCAGCCAUGGCACUGCUGGAACCCAAGUGCCUGGGGCAGGCUCUCAGCCAAAACAGAAGAUAAGCCAACAACCCACACCAAGGGCAGCCCGGCAGGCUGCACGUGGAACAGGGUCUCAGCCCAUCCAAGUAGCAGGAUCACUUCCCCCAGGGUGGACAGAGCCACAGCGCACACGAGCAGUAAGCCCAUUACUUUCAGUGGGGGCAGAUUCGCAAUCCACCCUGGGGACAGGACAACAGACCCAUCAGAGGACAUACUCUCAGGCUCUAAGGAGGUCUGGCCAACAGUCAAAACAGGAGACAGGUUCACAAGCCACACCAGGGACAGGUCUUCAGGCUAUAAAGGGGAUAGACCCAAAGCCCACACAGAGAGCUAAUAUCACAGAUACACAUGGAUCUGGGAGCUUCAGGGGAACUCAAGCUUCCCCCACACCAGGGACAGGUCUUCAGGCUAUAAAGGGGAUAGACCCAAAGCCCACACAGAGAGCUAAUAUCACAGAUACACAUGGAUCUGGGAGCUUCAGGGGAACUCAAGCUUCCCCCACACCAGGGACAGGUCUUCAGGCUAUAAAGGGGAUAGACCCAAAGCCCACACAGAGAGCUAAUAUCACAGAUACACAUGGAUCUGGGAGCUUCAGGGGAACUCAAGCUUCCCCCACACCAGGGACAGGUCUUCAGGCUAUAAAGGGGAUAGACCCAAAGCCCACACAGAGAGCUAAUAUCACAGAUACACAUGGAUCUGGGAGCUUCAGGGGAACUCAAGCUUCCCCCACACCAGGGACAGGUCUUCAGGCUAUAAAGGGGAUAGACCCAAAGCCCACACAGAGAGCUAAUAUCACAGAUACACAUGGAUCUGGGAGCUUCAGGGGAACUCAAGCUUCCCCCACACCAGGGACAGGUCUUCAGGCUAUAAAGGGGAUAGACCCAAAGCCCACACAGAGAGCUAAUAUCACAGAUACACAUGGAUCUGGGAGCUUCAGGGGAACUCAAGCUUCCCCCACACCAGGGACAGGUCUUCAGGCUAUAAAGGGGAUAGACCCAAAGCCCACACAGAGACCUAAUAUCACAGAUACACAUGGAUCUGGGAGCUUCAGGGGAACUCAAGCUUCCCCCACACCAGGGACAGGUCUUCAGGCUAUAAAGGGAAUAGACCCAAAGCCCACACAGAGAGCUAAUAUCACAGAUACACAUGGAUCUGGGAGCUUCAGGGGAACUCAAGCUUCCCCCACACCAGGGACAGGUCUUCAGGCUAUAAAGGGGAUAGACCCAAAGCCCACACAGAGAGCUAAUAUCACAGAUACACAUGGAUCUGGGAGCUUCAGGGGAACUCAAGCCACCCGGGGAAGCCAGGACAGGUAUUCACACAGAGCGCCUGUUCCAGGCAGCUCUUCCAGGUCCUUUGUCUCAAUGGCACCGCGUAACUCCGGUGGCCAGGAUAGCUUACUCAAGGUGGGCUGUCUCAUCUGUAUUGCUGCUCUUUAUGCCUGGGUUGUAGGCAGAUACUUUCACUAGGAUGAUGAAAAUAAGCUUGUCUUUUCCUCUUGUCUUAAUUUCAUGGUAAUCAAUGAACUAAUAUAACAAAGAAUUUGAUUUGAGACCAAAUAGGGUGGAGUUUAUAGGCUAACCCUUGGUCUCCUGGACUUCAUUUGCAGGUAGCCUAAAACAUGAUCUAGCAGAUAAUAAGCCCAAUAAUAAAUAUUUGUGGAAUAACUAAAA